AUGAGUCAACAAGAAAGAGAUUGAAGAUCAAUAGCACGAGAUAGUGCUGAGUACGGGGAACUGUCAAAUUCAUGUGCGACGAAGCCAGUUUGGUUCUCAAUUUGGUGGAGAUGGCGUGUUUCUGGGAUCUUGAGUACGAGCUUGAUACAAGCGCUGAGAGAAGAUCGAACGACGAGUCCUUUCUCCGUUGUCAGGUACAGUACUGGAGGAGGGAUCAAUCAAGUCAGGAGAUGAUCGCCGUAGAUGCCUGUGGGAUUCAUGGUAGGAGUCGGUGCAACAGAGGCACAAGUGGAGUCUACGAGACAGAACAAAUUGAAACUCUCGUAGGUUAUAAUCAUGACAAGUUCAUUUCCACCCUCGAUUGCCAUGAGAUGCGACCGGUUAGACAAUACGGGGCACUUGCUAAUGAACCUGUAACCAGUAGUCCUACAGCUAGGCUGAAAUUCAAUAAUUCCGAGCCUCUAGGUUAGACAUUGUGAUGGUUCUAACCUAGCAAAGAAUGUAGGAAGCGUGGAGUGCCCUAGAGCAGGGUAGACUGUGCCAUAGCCAAUCUUAUAAAUAUGUGUGUCAGCUCCUCGUUCUAUAUAUGGAACUCGAGAAAGUGCUCACAUGUCAGAUAGGGAAACCUAGCGGAAUCAAAUAAGCUUUUAAGUUGUUGGUCUUAAAGUUUUGAAAUCGUGGCUGCUAUCAGCCUAUCAACCGGGCCGUAGAUCUGUAUCUGUCCACGCGUCUCUGACUCGACCUUGUUCCCAUACUGACUGCUUUGGAGCGGUGCGAAUUGCGUCGAGCGAAUCACUGGAUCAGAGAUUGAGCGAAACCAUUCAAAAGAGUGAAAUGAUAUGCUCAGCGUUGAGGCAACACAGAAGAUAACGAACAAGCCAAGCAGGGACGGAGCCUGAACCCUAAAAUUCGAUUGAAAUCUCGAAGGUCAAAUGUCGAACUGGAAGAUCGCUUCUCGCCGAACGCGAUCGAACUAUCGAUGGAUCGAACUAAUUAAAAGCAUACGCUCGCAGGGAUUUUACGGGUUGCUCUUUCUAGGUCAUCAUGGCUUGUUGUUGUUCUCGUAGUCGUUUCGCUAUUACGUGAACGUAUGAUGUAUACCGAUGCUUUAGAACUCGUUUGAUAAGUAUAUAAAAACAGUUUGAACUAGAUGAAAUGGUGGAGGAUGGUGCGAACCAUUUUCAGCUUUCGCAGCCUUGAGCUGCAUCCUAGAAUAGAGUUUCAAAGGACAAUCUUGCGCAUGCGUAUGAUGAGGAAAGAAAAUUUGUACCAGCGGAGAUCAGACAGCUUGCGAACUGGGGACAUGAUCAUGCAGUAAGAUGACUUGUUAAUCGUUUACAGAGAGCAGGCUAUGUCACUGUGCCAUUGCUUCUGAUAAUCUUGGUCCCACAUCAUGCGAAGUGCAUCUGUGUACGAACAAAUUGUACAGCCUAGGAUGCGAUUAUAUUACUCUGCUUCGAAUCUGUAGGAGAGUAUAGAUUGUCUUUCCCACGACUUGAGGGUUGUUGCAUAAAAAGCAGCAGCUGACUUUGCUUGUGUUCGAAAAAAUUGUGAUGGAAUACGUUCAAAAGGUCAAUAAAUUAUUAACAGUUCGUGCC